AUGAAAUCAAUCUUUCAAGUCAUCUCAAUCGUUUUAACUAUCUGUUUAAAGUUUACGAUAGCUACACCUCCAGCUUGUUUAUUAGCAUGCGCAGCCCAAGUCCAUAAAGAAUCUUCAUGCCCUGGGUUACAAUCCAUUGAAUGUAUGUGUACUCAAUAUGGAAGUGAUCUUCAACAAUGUUUGAUCGAUAUUUGUCCAAAUAAUGAAGCUGAAUUGGCAACGAAAGAAUUCAAGAGUGUUUGCGGUGAUUUUGAUGCUAGAGUACAAUCAUUUACUCCUAAACCUACUUCAAGUAGUACUAGAUCAUCAAGCAGCACUAGAUCAUCAAGUACUAUCAGAGCAAGUUCUUCCAGUGAUGAUCUGUCGUCUUCUACUACUACCACUGGUGGUGGUGAAAAUAGAGAUGCGACUGAGUCUUCUUCUACUACUACUAGUGAUUCUGGUGUUGGGAAAUUAUCACCAUUUAUUGGAGCUUUGUUGAUUUUAUUAGGUCUUUAG